UAUCAUCAUCACUCAAAUGUAAAUCAAGCUUCACCCACAAACAUGUUAUAAAUAAAUAAAACUUUCUCAGAAAUUAAUCACAAGAAAACGGGGGAAAAUGUCUAACUUCUUUGGCCAAGACAGUAACCAACAGCAGGAUGACAGAAAUGAUAGAUCUUAUAACUCUUCAGAUAAUCCUAAUAGAGGUGGAUCAGACAGUUCUUACCGUACUGGUGGUAUGACUGGCGGCAAUGACUCCGGCUAUGGUGGUGGCAGCUACGACCAGGGCCGUAAUGAAUCCGGUGGUUAUGGUGGCAGCGGCGGCGGCGGCUAUGAUGGCGACAGGUCCGGCUCUCAAUCCGGUGGUUAUGGUGGAGGUGGUGGCUACGAUGGAGACAGGUCUGGCUCUCAAUCCGGUGGUUAUGGUGGAGGUGGUGGCUACGAUGGCGACAGGUCUGGUUCUCAAACCGGUGGUUAUGGUACUGGAGGUGGUGGCUACGAUAGCAACAUGUCAAGCUCUCAAUCCGGUGGUUAUGGUGGCGGUGGUGGCUACGAAAGCAACAGGUCAAACUCUCAAUCCGGUGGUUAUGGUGGCAGUGGUGGCUACAAUGGCGGAAACUCUGGUGGUUAUGGUAGUGGUGGUGGCUAUGAUGGCGGGCAGGAGAAGCAGAGGCGGGAGUCACGCGACGAUUAUGAGAAGGAGAAGAAGCACCACAACCACCUUGAGAAAUUGGGAGAAUUCGGCACUGCGGCCGCGGGUGCUUAUGCCUUGGUACUUACGUAAACCUAAUAGUAAACUAAUUAUUAAUUAUGUUUACGUGGAUAUCUCAUGCUUUUUAUAAAUUUUAUUAUACAUGAACAAUUUCAAACAAAUAUUUACGUGGUGGACAUGAAUGCAUGCAUGCAGUAUGAGAAACACGAGGCAAAGAAGGAUCCGGAGAAUGCAGGAAGGCAUAGGAGGGAAGAAGAGAUAGCGGGGGCGGCAGCUGUUGGGUCCGGCGGGUUCGCUUUCCACGAGCACCACGAGAAGAAGGAAGCUAAGGAUAAUUAUGAACAACAACAGGAAGAACAAGGUCAUAAGAAGCACCAUUUCUUCUAAUUCUCUAAAACCCUAUAUAUUAAUAAAUGUGUUUUAGAAGUUUCUGUUUUCAAUCAUAUGUACUAUUUAAUUUGCCACUUUAUUUAUGUCUAAUUAGUUAUUAAUAAUUGUACAUGUGAUCUUUUCUUUCUAAAUAAUAUAUAUGCUCUCUAUAUAUAUGAUGUUGGAAUUGAAAGAAUUGUGUGAAA